AUGAGAGGCAUUGCCGAAGCAGAGAAACAUUGGCGCCAGCUCGACGAUUUCCACUCGCUCACAGACCUAAAGAUAGCGGUAUCUUCGCACAGAGAGCCGCAGAUCACAGCUGGCUUGCGCUCCGUAUGCUGGAAGAUCUUCCUCCUCUUCAAAACCCUCGAUCGCUCGUCAUGGCCCGCCCGCAUCGUGGAGUCGCGUUCCACUUACGCAUCUCUUCGCUCGCACUACCUCCGAGGAAUCGAAUAUCCGGAUGAGUUGGGUUCCGCGGUCGAUCCCCUCAGCGAACAUGAAGAGUCACCGUGGACAGCCCUCCGGUCAGACGAGACACUCCGCGCGGAGAUCUUCCAGGAUAUCGAGCGAUGCAUGCCAGACAACGUAUAUUUCCGGCAACCAGCCACGCAAAACAUGAUGUUGGACACUCUGUUCGUGUGGUGCAAGAUGCACCCGAACGUGGGAUACCGACAGGGAAUGCACGAGAUACUGGCGCCGAUACUAUGGGUCAUAGAAAGAGACGCAGUGGAUAUGGAAGGCACCGACAAGAAAGAAGCAGACCAGAUAAUGGUGGACAUGCUCGACUCGAACUACAUGGAGCACGAUACCUUCACGCUGUUCUCGUUGAUCAUGCAGACCGCCAUGUCUUUCUACGCACCAGCGGACCCUGACCUCUCUUCUAAGGAAACACCAAUGCUUGUGCGAUGCGCGAAAAUCUUUGAACGUUAUCUCCCAAAAGCCGACCCAGAGUUGGCUUCGCAUUUGGUGAAGCUUGAGAUUGUCCCACAAAUAUUCCUUCUGCGCUGGAUAAGGCUACUUUUCGGUCGCGAGUUUCCCCUCGACGAUGUUCUAAACGUAUGGGAUGCGCUGUUCGCCAUCGACUCCACCCUCGAGCUAGUCGAUAUGAUUUCUGUCGCCAUGCUGCUACGGGUCCGCUGGGAUCUUGUGGCUGCAGAUACAAAUGAAGCAUUUACGUUGUUGCUGAGAUACCCUGAGCCCAGUGCACCUGCAUACACAUUCAUCAAAGACGCGCUCUAUCUCAGAGACCACCUAACACCCGAGGGUGGAGCAGAAAUCAUCUCGCGGUAUGGGAAGAAGGCUCCGGUAAUGGACGGGUCUCCUCCACCGGCUAUACGACUGCCCUCAUCACCAUCCCUUAAUUCGUCACAUCGCUCGAGAAGCAGCAUAGGGUCGCCCAGGGCGUUCGUGACCCAGCAGGGUGCAGGCAUUGAAGCGCUCCUGCAGGGAGCAGCAAAGAAUGUGCUUGAGCGAGGCUCGCAGUGGGGUGUCGGAAAAGCCAUUCGCGAUGCGGUUGGUGAGGUCAGAAAACAUGCCGAGGCCAUUCAGUCCGGCUCGCCUUCUACAACCAUCUCUGGAAACACGACACCAAGGUCGGGUGGACGGGAAUAUCGGAAGCCAGCACAACCAGCAAUACCCAACGCGAGACCUGUAUUGGCACGUGCACAAUCUGGAAAUGCACUGAAGAAGAUCGAGAUUUUAGAAAGGAGGAGCAAGAAUCUUGCAAAGAUGCUGGAAAGCGCGGUGGGCGAGCUUUGGGAUUACCAUAAGGAGCGCAGCGAAGAGAGCAACGACUCCGCUCAGUCGAAGAAAAACUCGAUAGAAGCGCUGAGCCUUGCGAUUGCGAAAGUACAGUUUGUUCAAGUCUACCUUGAAGAUUCAUCGAUACCGCUGCCGGUAGACGAAACAACUGAAGAAGCAGCCACGGCCAGCGCAGCUGCCACCCUACUGUCACCGGAACCUACCGCUCCAGCAGCACUCCCCGAACGAACAGCAAGCGCCCCUCCGAUUCCCAACGCAUCACGACCCACGUCGUCUGGCUCAACCGCGCAGCCUCCUUCGCCUGCCCCGAACGCCCAACCUACCUCCCCGCAAUUCCAUACCUCACCACAACGAUCAUUUGCAUCAUCGAAACUUUCAGCCCAACCGCCACGCGCACGUCCUACGCUUGCAUCCUCCAACUUCUCAUGGAUGCUUGGUCAGGACUCUACAUCCGCGUCGUCGACCUUUGCGUCGAGUGCUGCCCAUUCGGCAUUCGCGUCAGACGAGAAGCGAAGGCUCAAAGGCAAAGGUUUCCUUUUCGGUGACGAAGAUGAAGCCGAAGCACCGGUACCAGAGAAGAAAGGCAGUCGCGGCAGCCGAGGCAGCAUCAGCAGCAGCAAGACGGGCAACAAGAAUGGGAAGAUCAAAGGGAAGGGCCAAGCGGAGGUCGAGGUCGAAGAGGAGGUCAUUGAUCUGGAGGAUGUGGGCAAGAGAGACGCAGUGAUGUGA